AUGUCGAGGAACGGAGAUCUUCACGACGGCCAGCCUCACACCGUCGUCCUCCACCAAGAGACACUAGAACGAACACGAAGACAUCAUGAACACGGUGUCGAUGCGAAACUGCGUCUUGCUGCAUCAGCAGACCAGUGGCUUGCUGUGUCAUCGAAAGAACGGUGGAGUGUCAUGGAGAAGCCUACACUUGCACCUUCAAACAGCCCGCACGACUAUGUAUCUCAGGCACCGUAUUGGUGGCCAAGCAAGACAGCGACCGGCCUUCCGUACAUCCGCAGAGACGGGAUGAUCAACCCAGACGCCGUCACGCUCGACAAGGUGAACAAGGCUAAGGUUUUCCAGUCAUGUCACAUAUUAAGUCUAGCUUGGCUAUAUACGGGAGAAGAGGCAUACGGAGCACGAGCAGCGACGAUCCUACGGGACUGGUUUACUGAUGAGCGGACGGGGAUGAGCCCUCAUUUGGAGUAUGCUCAAAUGAUACCUGGCCGGAACACUGGCCGAGCGAUCGGAAUCAUUGACUUUGCUCAGAAGUACGAUGCUGUUGUAGAUGCCGCGAUGAUCCUUUCGUCUGGGUGCCCUUCAUGGAGCAGCGAAGAUCACCACAACUUCUUCGUCUGGAACGAGAAGUAUCUCGACUGGCUGCUUUACAGCGACUUUGGCAUUGAGGAAAGCCAGCAGCUCAACAACCACGGCACAUUCGCCUCCCUCCAAAAAGCAGCAAUAGCCAUGAUGCUCGGCAGAACCGACACUGUCCGCGCCGAGGUGGAGAGCGCGAAGCGCCGCAUCGACGCGAGCAUCGACCCUGACGGCUCCCAACCGCAUGAGGUCGCCCGCACCAGGAGUUGGCACUAUUCGUGCUUCAAUCUGCUGGCCUUUGCUCGAUUGGCGGAGAUUGGGCAGAAAACUGGAGUCGAUCUUUGGAGCUACUUUGGCCCGGACGGCCAGUGUCUCCAUUGCGCGGUCGACUUUCUCAUUCCAGCUGCUGCCCGAUGGGAGGGGUGGCGGUUUCCGGAAACAAAAUUCGUGCCUUAUCUCGCCACGGACUUGAUACGAGCCAGCGCAUUGAGAGGUAAUGCCAGAGCCAUGGCUGUUGUAAAAGAAUUGCAAGCUCCACCGCUCGAUCUGUGGGAGUGGUGCUUGGUGCCGGAGAAUCAUGACGCCUCGAUUGAAGCAACGCCAGCUGUGCCGUGA